UAUAUAUAAAUAUAUGCAUAUUUUAGAGCAUGCACGCCAAUGGUACAUAUUUUAGACAUCUGUACGACUGCCCAUUGGGUAAAUAAGAAUUACUAGACCUGUAAUAUAUAACAACAUAUUCCCAGAUUGUGUGAUCCAGGAACAGGAAAACUGAAGGUGGGAGAAAAGUGUAUAUUGUCGGGCCAUUAUUGAGAAAUGACUGCCACAGGGCCUAGACGGGGGAGGUUCCUAACUCAGGACGGAGAAAGUAGGCGGCUGCGGCAUCCACAGGGACACAAUGGAGCCCGCUUGAAAGAGAUACAAAACGAUGCAGGAGUAAGUGAAAUUUUGUCCUGGUUAAAACGGGGGGCUCAAAAAGACGGUGCGGGGAUAUGGCGCAGUGUGGAAGGGUUGUGUAUAGCCCCAGUCAGCCUCCUCCCAUGCUUGAUCAAAGACGCCCAUGGCGUGGAUCAUGUCAAUAAGACUGAAAUGAUCCGGAAAAUCCGUCAGGAAUGGUGGUCCCCUCAGCUGGCCUCACAAGUGGACCAAAUGGUAAAUGUAUGUGCUGUGUGCAUCAACCACAACGUGCGAAAGAACCUCACCACCCCCUUAGGACAUAUUCCCCCGCCGACGGGACCGUUUCGGCAUCUAAUGAUGACUCAUAUAGACAUGGGAGCGGAGUUACAGGUGGAUGGGAAACGCUUCCUUCUGGUAAUAGUGGACCGCUUCAGCCGGUGGGUGGAGGCGACUGCUACUUCUGGGGAAGAUGUGGAGUCCGCCGCUAAAUUUUUAUGUUGUGAGGUCAUACCUCGAUUCGGUAUCCCUGAUUUUUUGAGUUCAGACAAUGGCAUACACUUCAUAAGUAACGUCCUUAAGAAUGUUACAUCGGCCUUGAAGAUUGAUCAUAAGCUAGGAUGUGUAUAUCUUCCUGAGUCCCAAAGCGCGAUGGAUCCAGGGUACCGCACCCUAACUAAUAAAUUGGCAAAAAUAUGCGAUGAAUGACACCUAA